AGCGGGACAGGCAGCGGGGACAGGCAGCGGGACAGGCAGCUGCCAACGCGGGCUCUGGGCUCCCGCGCCCGGCGCAGAGGGGGAGUUUCUCCUUUGUCUGCUCCCGGUGCCGGCGGCAGCGCCCGCCGGAGCAGCCGGGGACAGCCCCGGGCAGGAGGACGGGGGGCGAGGUCCCUUUGCCCCGGUACAGCCGCCACCGCCUGGCCUGGCUGCCGCGGGCACGAUCCCGCCGUCACCGGCCGCCAUCCCGGGGGCGGGAGCCGAGCUCUUCCUGACGGAAACGUGACCGGGAAAAGUGCGGAGCGGGAACGGCGGCUGCGCCCGGAGCCCGAGAGGACGACAGCACUGGGGACAAGGACACCCGCGCCCCGUCCCCCCGCGGCACCCGCUGCCGGCCAUGGGGAACGGCAUGAGCCAGAUCCUCCCUGGCCUCUACCUUGGGAAUUUCAUCGAUGCCAAAGAUCUGGAACAGCUAAGUCGGAACAAGAUCACCCACAUUGUCUCCAUCCAUGAAUCUCCCCAGCCCUUGCUGCAGGACAUUACCUACCUCCGCAUCCCCCUGCCUGACACCCCUGAGGCCAACAUCAAGAGGCACUUCAAGGAAUGCAUCAGCUUUAUCCACCAGUGUCGCCUGCGCGGAGGGAACUGCCUCGUCCACUGCCUCGCUGGCAUCUCCCGCAGCACCACCGUGGUGGUUGCCUAUGUGAUGGCUGUCACAGAGCUGAGCUCCCAGGAGGUGCUGGAGGCCAUCAGGACCAUCCGGCCCGUCGCCAACCCCAACCCUGGCUUCAGGCAGCAGCUGGCUGAGUUCAACGGCAGCGCGGCCCGCAAGGUCCACAGGCACCUGAAGCAGAGGUAUGGGACGUCCCCUUUCAAUGAUGAAGAAGAAAUGAAAGCUUUGCUGCCAGCAGGGAGAGGAGGAACAUCCAGGACAGAGGGAGCUGUGCAAGGACUGGUCCCAAGAGGCAGAGACAUCAGGAGCACAACUCCCUUCCUGCUGCGGGUGAAGAGGACAUUCUCCUGCAUCCCAGCUUGUCUGAAGUGACCCCAGCCUAGGGAAAAGCAGGAGUCACCCAACAGGCUGGGAGGGAUGAAGGAGCUGCAGAAGGGGGUUCGGGGGAGCACUGUGCUGGGCAGCCACACCAAUCCUUGCUCCUUCUCUUCUGGGGUGGGAACUUGCCAGCCUCUGUCCUGGCAGCUGUCAGGGUGGACUACUCAUACGCACUGCCAGGCUCUUUGGCACCUGGAGGGCUCAGACUCUUUGUCCCUGGCACAUUGGGGGUACCUGGUGACAGGUGUAGGUCUCUGCCCCCAGGUCACUGCAGGCACAGGGGCCAGCACCCAGGGGAUGCCAGCAGCAGCUUUAGCACUUGGGUACCCACUGCACGGGCCUGGGGGUGCACAGGGACCUCAGAGCAGUUUUCCCACCAGCAGCACAAGCUCCCAGAGCCAAGGCAGCUGCAGAGCAGGGACAGGCUGGGUGCAUUAGCAGGUAAUGCCACCACACAGCACUCCAGCUCCAAGGCCAAGCACCAGCCCUGAGCAAGCACCGCAGCUUUAGGAGUCCGUUGCAUCCCAUUCCCACCCAUACCAGGGCACAAUCUUUAAAAGGUGGGAACUCAGUGUUUAGCCUGGGCCAGACCUCACUAAAGCAGAGCCUUAAGUUAUUUUGCUCAAAGACUUUGUGUCUCCCUUCAGUAUUAAACACCAAUUCUCCACA